CUAGAUGUUGCUAUCAUCGCAUGUGAUCUCCGCGGCGCUCCUGCUGCCGCACAGCCCUGCGCCCGGCGCGCAGCUGUCGGUGCGGCGUCCGUCCCGGGCGGCGUCGCCUCUGCUCGCUGAGAAUGCCGAGACGCACGCCACGCUGAUCCUGCUGCGGCACGGCCAGUCUGUGUGGAACGAGGCAAACCUAUUCACGGGCUGGGCGGACGUCGGUCUGACGACGCUGGGGAAGAACGAGGCCGCGCAGGGUGCCACCGCGCUGUGGAGGGAGGGGCACACCAUCGACGUCGCAUACACAUCGCUCCUCAAGCGCGCGCAGCAGACGCUCGAGAUCGUGCUCAAGAUCACGGGGCAGGAGGACGUGACGGUGCACCGCAACUGGCGGCUGAACGAGCGCAUGUACGGCGGACUGACCGGUCUCAACAAGAAGGAGACGGUCGCCAAGUACGGCGACGACCAGGUCAAGCAGUGGCGCCGAUCGUACUCGCUCCCGCCGCCGCCGAUCGACACCGACUCAGAGUACUGGCCGGGGAAUGACAACAAGUACGCGCACAUCCCGACGGAGGAGAUACCGCUCUCCGAGUGCCUCAAGGACACGGUCGAGCGGUGCCUGCCGUACUGGGAGAGCGACAUCACGCCGGCCCUCAAGCGCGGCAAGACGGUGCUGGUGGCGGCGCACGGCAACUCGAUCCGCGGCAUCCUCAAGUACCUCGACGGCAUCUCGGACGACGAGAUCACCAGCCUCGAGGUGCCCACCGGCAUCCCGCUCGUCUAUGAGCUCGACGCGGACCUCAAGCCGCUCCAGAUGAGCGGCGCCGUCGCGCCCCUCUCGGGCCGCUUCCUCGCCGACCCAGAGGCGCUGAAGAAGGCGCAGGAGGAGGUUGCAAACCAGUCCAAGCUGCGCUACGGCGUGAAGUGAGGCGCCGCUUCGCCCAAAGGGAAGCCAGCCGCGCAAAGCGCCGCCUUCGCCGCCCCGGCAGCGCCAGCCCGGUCGGGCGGAGGCGCGCGGAGGCGGCGGCGCGGAGGCGGUGUCAGAUCGCCGCGAGGGACAGCUGCGAGAUGCAACCAGCCUCUCCGCUCUCGGACAAAUCGCCUCGCCCGGCUUCCACGGCUCUCCUGCUCCACUAACUACUGAGUACAUCGCGUAUCUGCUCGGAACUGCAUGCGUGCCGCGGCGGCGCGACUUGCUGCGUUUCUUUCUUUCUCCGGCGUUCUUUCGCUAGGGCGCUCGAAGCGAAAAGAAAACGU